AACCGUUCGUGUUCGCAGUCCAUUCUCGGUGGGCAUUUGUACCGGGUUUCCGAAUUUCGGGCUGUUUUUUCCUCCCUUACACAAAAACCUUUGACCCCUUGGACGUUUCCUUUUCCUUCUUGAAGUGUUUUGUCGGUUGUGUUCUCCAGUGCGAAUUGUGAAAAAAUUCCUGUUCCAGGAUACAACUAUUGGUGCUGCUGUCCAGUUUCCAGUCCAGUUAUCCUAGCAAGAUGAAGCUGUUCGUGAUCGCAACGGCAGCAGUGCUAGCCCUUCUAGUUCCAUCGUCGAACGUUGGUGCCGUUAAUGUGGCCACAUCCUACAGCGUGAUCCACCACGAGCAACCUUCGGCGGCCCGGGUGAUCCACAAAUCCAGCGGCAGCAGCAGCCUCUACUCGUCGCCGGCCCAUAUCGUGCACUCGAGCGCCCCGCACUAUGAGCCUCUGAUCGGAAAAACCAAGUACACCGUUCCGUUCCUCAGCGCCUACAGCCAGGCCACCCAGUGCCCGGCUCCUCCAGUAUGCACCAAGUCCCGCUACCGGACCUUCGACGGUUCCUGCAACAACCUCCAAAACCCAGCCUGGGGAACCCCGAAUCGCCCGUACGGUCGUCUCCUGACUCCCAAAUACGGUGAUGGCGUCUCAACUCCAACUACCUCGGUCACCGGUCAGGAUCUCCCGAAUGCCCGCCUCAUCUCCCUGGUUGUGUUCGGAGAACAGGACGUUCCUGAUCCACAGUUCACCCUCGGUAAUAUGCAGUGGGGCCAGAUCAUGACUCACGAUAUGUCCCUCCAGGCCGGUGGUACCCAAUCCAAGAAACACACCACCAGAUGUUGUACCGACGAUGGUAAGCUUAUCGGUAAGGCCAACGCCCAUUCGACCUGUUAUCCGAUCAUCGUCCCGGAGCACGAUCCAGCUCACUCCCAGACCGGAACCGAGUGUAUCAACUUCGUUCGUACUCUGACGACCCGCGAGGACCCUUGCAGCCCAUCUCACCCAUCGCAGCCCGCUGAACAGCUCACUACCGUCACCUCCUGGUUGGAUCUGUCCCUGGUCUAUGGUAACUCCGAUCAGCAGAACGCCGGACUUCGUUCCUUCACCGGAGGUCGCAUGGCCACAGUUGAACGCGACGGCUACGAAUGGCCACCGAACAGCCCCAACGCCACCACCGAUUGUGAUCUGGUGUCCCGCGACGAAAUCUGCUACCUGGCCGGAGAUUCCCGUGUCAAUCAGAACCCAGGUCUGACCAUCAUGCAGAUCGUCCUGCUCCGUGAGCACAACCGCAUCGCCGACCAGCUGCAGAAGUACAACCCCCACUGGGACGAUGAGCUGCUGUUCCAGGAAGCCCGCCGUAUCAACAUCGCCGAAUUCCAGCACAUCAACUACUACGAAUGGCUCCCGAUCUUCCUCGGCAAGGAUAACAUGAUGAAGAACCGUCUGAUCUACAACGUCAAGGGUGGAGACUACAUCAACGACUACGACCCAUCGCAGGAUCCCUCAGUGCUGAACUCCCACGCUACCGCCGCUUUCCGUUACUUCCACUCUCAGAUUGAAGGCCGACUUGACCUCGUAUCCGAAAUCCGCAAGCCAACUGGAUCCCUGCGUCUGAGCGACUGGUUCAACCGUCCCUCGAUCAUCGAAGCUGGAGACAACUACGACUUCCUGACCCGCGGUCUCGCUACCCAGCCCGAGGAACUGACCGACAUCAACUUCGACGCCGAAAUCAAGCACUUCCUGUUCCGUCGUGGACGUCCCUUCGGAGGUGAUCUGCGUGCCUUCGACAUCCAGCGUAACCGUGACCAUGGUCUGGCCGGAUACAACGACUACCGUGAGUUCUGCGGAUUCAAGCGUGCCAACACCUGGGAAGACUUCCUGGAUCUGAUUUCGCCACAGGACGUCUCCAAACUGCAAACCCUGUAUGCCAGCAUUGAUGACGUUGAUCUAACUGUCGCUGGUUCCUUGGAAGCCCACGUCAACGGUGCCCUCGCCGGUCCAACCUUCCUGUGCAUCCUGACCGAACAGUUCUACCGUACCCGUGUGGCCGAUCGAUUCUUCUUCGAACGUGGAGAUAAGGACAUCGCCUUCACCCGGGAACAGCUUGCCGAAAUCCGCAAGGCCAGCAUGGCUCGUCUGUUCUGCGACAACGGCAACCACGUCACCUCGAUGCAGCCAAAGGCCUUCUGGCGUCCAUCGGCCCACAACCAGGUCGUACCGUGCUCACAGCUCCCUGAAGUCGAUCUGAGCCUGUGGAAGGAUCUGUCCUAUGACAACCACCUGCACUCGUUCCACUACUUCGACAAUCUUCACAAAUAAGUCUGGUACUAGUAGGCUAGUCCAAACCCACCCUUCCCCAUCCCUUUUCCCCUCCUAAUUCCCCUCAAAAAAAAACAUCAACCACCAAUUAGUUAUUGCCACCGUGAAACCAGCAACACUGCCCCGGAUUAUGAAACCCUCUCCCCAUCGUUUUUCCUUUGUAUAAAUACCUUCGAUGUUUUCUUUCUUAGAGUAUUUCUGUGUGUGAUAGUGAAAUUAUCCCCUAUUAUAUUAUUAUAAUCCCCUUGUUUUGUGAACGUGUUACGCAGCAAACUCCUUCCCUAAAAAGCUCAACAUGACCCCCAACUCAUCAUCAAUACCAAUAUGUUUUUUUUCCUCCCAGUAUACACUAUAGAAUAUUUGUUUGCCAUAUGAUAUUGUGAGUGCAAUUGUUAUACGAAGCAGAAACGCGGUGCUACACACAAUUAAAUCUAAAAAGAUAAUGAACUUCACAUGAAAGUUACCGUUAAUAACAAAAAAAAAAGGCACCCGUUGACAAUCAUCCCUUAUUUAAAACGAAAAAAAAACAAUCCAAAAUCGUUAUAGUUCAAAAAGCCCCCGAAACAAAACAUUUGACGAAUGAACAGAUACAAACAGAACACAAACACCUGAUUAAAAUACAUUUACAUACAUACCUACCCCGUAAAAUGCUAGUUAAUUGUAGUAGUGCUAUGUUGUGUUUAGGCUUAUUUAAAUAUAGAGAAGAAGAUGAAGAAGAGAAAAAAUCAAGUACACGUUGGUAAUGAAACCGUAAACUUGUACUACGCGUUUUGUUGUGCCGAAUAAAGUGUAAUUUAUAAGAA